CAGUCUUGGUACAGGUACGGCCUACGGAGGAUCACCAGCGCCAGCAGGCUAGAAACGAAGCUCGCACGCACUGAAGUAACUUCAUCAUCGCUCUCACUCUCUCUGCCUCCAAACCAGAGAAAAACUUCAAAUCAGAAAAGCUCAAUCAAAACGAAUAAUGGUGAAAACGAAGCAACAGAAGUCCGCAAAACCAAAGAAGAAUCCUCAGGUGAAAAAGCAGGGAAAACAGGCUGAUAACACUCAGUUUCGAGCUCAGCUGGAUGCAUUGGGCCUAAAAAUUAUUGAUGUGACUGCUGAUGGUAAUUGUUUCUUCAGGGCACUUGCAGAUCAGUUAGAAGGUAGUGAGGAGGAACAUGGAAAGUAUCGCAGCAUGACCGUACAAUAUAUAAUGAAGAAUCGUGAUAUGUUUGAGCCCUUUAUUGAGGAUGAAAUUCCAUUUGAUAAAUACUGUCAAUCCAUGGAAAAGGACGGCACAUGGGCCGGACAUAUGGAAUUGCAGGCGGCUUCACUUGUUACACAUAGUAAUAUAUGCAUUCACCAGCACAUGUCACCUCGCUGGUAUAUCCGGAAUUUUAAUGAACGAGGAGCUCAUAUGGUUCAUUUAUCUUAUCACAAUGAGGAGCACUACAACAGUGUGCGCUUAAAAGAGGAUUCUUGCCUCGGUCCAGCCAGGCCAAUUGAAAUAAAGGCCGAUGCUGACGUUUCAGCAACAUCUCAUCAAGCAAAAGAUGCAGCCAGCAAAUCUAAGUGUGGAGCUGCUAAGAAUGCUAUUGAUACGAGAUCCAUCAAAAUGGUAAUGACAGGAAGUGGUGGUGAAAAUGCUCAAAAAGCCGAGCAGGUUUUACUACAAGUAGAUGGUGAUGUUGAUGCUGCAAUAGAGUUUCUGAUAGCAGAAAGGGAAGCAGAUGAUGGCUUAGCAGGAAAUCAUUCCCUUUCACGUCUUGCAGAAACUUCUUACGAAUGUCAAGGAGAUCAUCAAGUUGAAAACUCUGAGCAGCAUGUAGAAGAACCUCUAAAGGAGACCCACAAACAGGAUCAAUCAAACAGUAAAAUCAGGCAAGCUGAUGAUAAUAACAGUUCCCGGGCAGAAGAUAAGAAGAUAGCAAGAAAUAAAAACUGCCCAUGUGGAUCUAAAAAGAAAUACAAGGCUUGUUGUGGAGCUGUUAAAGCAAAACCCUCUGCGAAGUUUGUAGUUAACCAAACAGUUGAUUCAAGAAAAGUUAGAAAAGAAAGGAAGCAACAUGGAAAAGGGCCUACUGAAUCUGAUGGGGGUCCUCCUAAUGUGGGUGCACUUUGCAUAUGAAUCCUGACUUUAAUGCGAGUAGUUCCACCAUUUUAUAUAGUUAAAUGACCGGCUUAUAAUUUUCAAUUGGAAGCAAAAUAAAUCUUUGCCCUAUCCAUCAUCUAUCUCUAUUUUUCUUGAGCAAAAUCGAGUUUGGGCUGUUGCAGUCCAUCCAAAUCAAAAUUUGUUGACCGUUUUACCAGCAUUACAAGUUGGAUUUUAUGGAUGAGUCUUGUUCUUCUGGCUUAUCGGUUCAAUUAGACUGCUGCAGUUUUACAAUUUCCUUUCGAGUCUGAGCAUGAUACUUGGGAGUAACAAAGUCUUGCAAUUUUGGGAUUCACUCAUCUUUUUUGUUCAUAUGAAGUGCAAAUGUUUCUUCACUGUUGUGAAUGUUACAGCACCAGAUAAUGACAGAGAGGAGCUGAAUCUAUCUUACAGAACUCAACUUUUAUUUGUGCUCAGUAUUGAUUAUUUUGCAUCAUGAUUUUGUAGCUGUCUUCAGAUCUAAACAGUCAAUGCUAUCCUCCAUUUCUCCGCGCAACAGGAGGCUCAGGAGCAUUUCUGCCAUCUUCCUUGAAGUUUAAUAUUUAUUGAUUUGGGUUGAUGUCCCUGAGUUUCCACGAUUUAUCUUUUAUAUUUAAAAGCAACCUCAAAUAAUAAAAUGGUGUUCCCACUAGGGGUUGCAUAGGAAAGGUACUUGGUGAUUGUUGUAAAUGCUUUCGUUUGGCAAAAUUGUGGUUAGAGUUUGAAGAAAGGCUAGAAAACCGAGCUUUCUCAGGUCUUGUUGAUGCUUCUGAAGUCGUAAAUUAUGUGUACUGACCAUUCAUAUCUUAAAGUGUAUUGUAACUUAAAAGAGUGCUUAGUGAGGAAAUUCGCAAUGACAUGUAGAUGAACUGUUUCAGAACAUGAAUAGUUUUCUGUUCUAUGCCUCCUAAUAGGUUUUUUUUUU